AUGCCAAUAGAAUAUCCUGAAACAUCAAAUGAAGGAAUUGCUUAUAUACUUUAUGUCAAAGAAUGGAAUGAUGUCUCCUCUGUAACAAAUGAUGUAAUUAAAAACUCAGUAUUCCUAUUCAAACUGACACCUAGUGGUGGAAGUUCUAAAGUAGGAUGUCCUUAUUUUGGUAUUAAUCCUGAAGAUAAAACACAAAAAUCAUAUGUUCCAACAGUAAAUCUUGAAAACAACCAAUUUAUUUCGAAUCUUAAUUCAAACAUUCCUUCCAAAAGACAAAGACAUGUUACUACUCAAAUUGAGUACCUUGCAGCUAUUGCAGUGAAAUGCCCCUUUAAUAAUUAUCAAUGUGACAGAAAACCUUGUAUUAAAAAAUACAAAAUUCAUGGAACUGAUGAAUUUAGUGACUUUAUCAGCUGUGAUAGAUAUUCUUACCACCAAAAAGGUCAUUUAUCUUUACAAAUAAAACCUGGUGUUGGUAUCAAAUUAUUAAGAACAUUAUUUGGUAAUGAUGAACAUAUCUCUGAUAAAAACAAUGACACUAAUUGCACUACUAUUGUUUCUUCACACAUAUCUCAAGGAAUUCACAACCACCCACCGCCACCACCUAUCAAAGUUCCAUCAUUUAUAAAAGAUAAAUUGAAAGCUUUAAUCCAAGACUUAGAAUCUCAAAUUGUGGAAAUUAAGGCAAAUCAAUUAUUGACAGGUCAUUUAUCUUUACAAAUAAAACCUGGUGUUGGUAUCAAAUUAUUAAGAACAUUAUUUGGUAAUGAUGAACAUAUCUCUGAUAAAAACAAUGACACUAAUUGCACUACUAUUGUUUCUUCACACAUAUCUCAAGGAAUUCACAACCACCCACCGCCACCACCUAUCAAAGUUCCAUCAUUUAUAAAAGAUAAAUUGAAAGCUUUAAUCCAAGACUUAGAAUCUCAAAUUGUGGAAAUUAAGGCAAAUCAAUUAUUGACAGGUCAUUUAAUAAAAUCUGUUUUUGGAUCUGACUUCAUUGCAGAAGUCCAUUCUAGUGUAAACAAUAUAGAUAAAUUGAGAUAUAUGAUAAACUGUGUACAAAAAGAGAACAACCCCCAUGGACAAGGAUUGUUGGGACUUUUACAUGAUUAUACAACAAAUAAAAAUGGUUUAGAUUUAAAGGAUUAUAUUCAAAAUAUUAUUGAUCUUUCUUUCAAAAGGGUUCAUGGGAAUAUUAAUGAACUUGAAUUUAAUGCAUAUGAUGAAGGCCAUAAUAGUACAACAAAAAUUGCAUAUGCUAGAAUGUUUGAAGCUUUUUUUGAAGGCAUUAAUAAAUUAACAGGUGUCCAACCAAAUUUUAUCACAUUCAUAAAACUGGAUGGGCCUAUGUUUUGGCAUAUAUGGAUAUUGCUCAAGCUUGAGGACUUGGCAAAGCAUUGA